UGGUCACUAUGGUCUGUUUACAGUUUAUUUCGGGCCCGUCGAUCGUGCUUUUUGGGGUGUAUGAAUGUGGGUAUCGCGUGUUUUUUCUAGUUUUGCGAUAAUUUGGUUCAUAGCAGCGAAAGACAUCGGGAAUGUUUUUGGAGGUGCGGCGAUUUCCUUCGUUAUGGGAAAGAGCCCCAGACAUGAGUCAGACAUCGCUGUUAUGGCUGGUGACGGAGCCCGCGGACAGGAGCAGUAGCACUUGUAGAAAUGGUGGGAGUAACACUGGUAGUAACAGUAGCGGGGCUGGCACUUCUCGACCACGCGGCACUAGCUGUCAGCGCUGCGUGCUUUUAAGUCCAGCUGUCAUGUGUAAUGACUAAUGACCGAGUGUCAGCGUUUGAUACUAAGCGGAGACACGCCGUCUUCGUUUAUUUCCUUUAAUGCUCUCGGAUUGUUUAGUGGCAUUAGCGGCUUUAACCGCCGGCCACUUGAUGUUGUAAGAGUUGCCUCACUUUCAGCACAUGGGACGGUAAUGGGGAUCGCAUUAAUAUUAAUUUGAACACUGUUAACCAACUUUGACUUAAAGCUUACAAUCGUUAAUCUGUUUCUCAUUUCCAAAAUGUACCAGCUCAACACUGUAAAGCUCAUUUUAUACUAGUACAUCGCCCAUAUACCUGCUUUUUGGUGGUAUUAGGAAAUAAAUAAGCCUCUCUGCAUCUUCAUGCCGAAAAACAUCAGAAAGGUAUAAACGUUAGUUAUUUCCAAGUGAUUUGUGAGUAAGGAGUAGUGAUAAACAGCCUUGUUUGUUUUUCAGUAUAAUCAGGCCACAAGCAAUAGUUUUAAUUAUGCACCAAACUGUUUAGAGAAAAUGAACUUUGUGUUGUAUCUUACAUAAAUGGGAGACCUGCUUUCACAGAGAGAGGAAACUGCUUCAAACAUCCAAAGUUCUGGAGAAGAAAAGGAUGAAGAGACAAAUCAAGAGGUUUUAAGUCCAGAACCUUACGUUAAACAUCCGUUACAGAACAGGUGGUCUCUCUGGUUUUUCAAAAAUGACAAAAGCAAAACAUGGCAAGCCAACCAGCGUCUAAUCUCUAAAUUUGACACUGUUGAAGAUUUUUGGGCGCUUUAUAAUCACAUUCAACUUUCAAGCAACCUGAUGUCUGGUUGUGACUACUCCCUUUUUAAGGACGGCAUCGAGCCCAUGUGGGAAGACGACAGGAACAAGCGAGGGGGCAGGUGGCUGGUCACCCUCAGCAAGCAGCAGCGUCGCUCGGACCUCGACCGCUUCUGGCUGGAGACUCUGCUGUGCCUCAUAGGUGAAGCAUUUGAUGACUACAGCGAUGAGGUAUGCGGAGCGGUCGUCAGUGUUCGAACCAAAGGAGACAAAAUUGCUGUCUGGACAUCUGACUAUGAGAACAAGGAAGCCAUAACACACAUAGGGAGGGUAUAUAAAGAGCGGCUCGGAGUUCCCCAGAAGAUGUCUAUUGGAUACCAGUCUCAUGCUGACACAGCAACCAAGAGUGGAUCCACCACCAAAAACAAAUUUGUCAUCUGAGAACCCUCAGGGGUUCUCCUUUAACAGCCCUCCCCCUCUUCAUCAGCAAAUUUUCCAUGCUGAAGAGACUGCAGUCAGGGCUCUGAACCCAAAUAAACCAAAGCUUGUCAAAUGCAGAGUGGACUGCUUUUACCUGUCAAAAGUCAUGCCUUCCACAAUCCACAUGCCCCUGUUCUGUUGUUUGCCAAGGGAAGAAAAGCAACAUUUCACGCCUACUGGACUUGGGUUUCCUGUACAUUAACCUCAAAUGAUGGGGGAGAUGGAAUGCAUUAAGUUUAGGAACCAUAUUCUCACAAAGGUCUUUGCUGAUAAGUUGCACUGCAAAUAAAAAGGUUCUUUCUUGGAGUUUUAACUUUUUUGUGCUCCCCUCUCUGAUUCUGUACAGCAGUGUUUUUGCUGUAAUCUUUAACUUGCAUGCGCCGUUUUAAUUUAUUUUAAUUUGCCCAAAGAGGCAUGUUAGUUUUCAAAGCUGUUUUUCCCUUCUAGGCCCUUGUACUUAAAAGUAUGUAAUCAGCUUAACAUGAUUACUGGCUCCUUUUUUGUUUUAUAUUAAUGCAAUGUAAAUUUUUUCUCAAUUUAACACUCAUUUCAGUUUAAUUAUAAUGAAAUAUUGUAAAUCUCUUUUGUAACCCUUUUCUACAUUCCUUGCUAAAAUAUAGUUUGACAUAUAUUCAGUUGAAUAUAUAAUUUCUUUGUUUGAAUGCCACUUUUGGACAACAGCCCCACUUGUGCUAAAUCAAAGUCUGUAAAUAAAUGUGUACAGUGAAUUGUCUUUA